CCUUGUGUUCUCACAAGCCAGAUCCUCCUAACUCCUAAGUCCUAAGCCAGCAUUGUUGAGCCAUAUCUUUCUCAGAGUCUCUAAGAGCAUUGAAAGCUAUGGCUGCUUCGAGUGUGGCCUGCAUUGUUUCUCUGGUGCUACUUCUCACUCUGGUUGACGCCAGAAUCCCAGGCGUUUACAGUGGUGGAGAUUGGCAGAGCGCCCAUGCUACUUUCUAUGGAGGCAAUGACGCCUCCGGAACUAUGGGAGGCGCUUGUGGGUACGGAAACCUUUACAGCCAAGGCUACGGCGUGAACACAGCUGCACUGAGCACUGCCCUGUUCAACAACGGGCUCAGCUGCGGGGCUUGCUUCGAGAUCAAGUGCGCUAACGACCCACAGUGGUGCCACUCCGGUAGCCCCUCCAUCCUCAUCACCGCCACCAACUUUUGCCCUCCCAAUUACGCGCUUCCCAGCGACAAUGGCGGGUGGUGCAACCCUCCUCGACCCCACUUCGACCUCGCCAUGCCCAUGUUCCUCAAGAUCGCAGAGUACCGUGCUGGAAUUGUCCCCGUCUCUUACCGCCGAGUGCCGUGCCGAAAGCAGGGUGGGAUCAGGUUCACAAUCAACGGCUUCCGUUACUUCAACUUGGUUCUGGUCACCAACGUCGCGGGUGCAGGGGACAUAGUGAAGGUGAGCGUGAAAGGGUCAAAAACUGAGUGGAUGACCCUGAGCCGAAACUGGGGUCAGAACUGGCAAUCAAACGCGGUUUUGGUUGGUCAGUCACUUUCCUUCAGAGUUACAGGCAGUGACCGCCGUAGCUCCACUUCAUGGAACAUUGCCCCCUCCAAUUGGCAAUUUGGGCAAACAUUCACCGGAAAGAAUUUCAGGGUGUAAAAUUCCCAAGUUUCCCGCUAAAUAUAUCACUUUGGUCAUUUGGGUUUUAAUUUAUUUUUAUUUUUAUUUUCUUGGAAAGUUGAUUGAGUAAGAAAAUGCGGGAAAAGUGUGUUUGUGGGGGAGUGAAACUUUUUGACUUUGGUAUAAGGGGAAAAAGGGAAAGCAAAAAGUGAAUGUUUUAAGGGCUGAAGUGGCUGCAAAUUUAUGUAAGCCCGCGGCUUUUCUUACUUUGAAAUACUAUAUACAAGAAGUAUUUUAAUUUA